ACAGAAAGAAAUAUGUUUUUUCCUAAAGUGAGCCGAUGGAUUCUUUCAAAUGGACUUCUUUUCAAGUAUCCCUUCUGUUUGAUCCUGACAAAUUUGGAGGCACCAUUCAUGAAUCUCUCUAGUCAGAACGAAAGUACUGGGAAAAAAGCGGCUCAGGGAAAAUCCACUUCACGUAUCUUUAUAAUCGUUAAUUAAUAUUACUU